AUCUCCACACGGCCCUUGCUAUCCUCGCGCGCUCCCUCGACCUGCAAAUUCUCUCUGCGUCACAACACCGCACUUACCCCUCCAUUCCCCCCUCCAUCACAAGCUCCAUCGGCCCGCGUAGCCCCCCCCCUCUCUCGCUCCCAACAUGUCCUGGCAAGCCUACGUCGACCAGAGCCUCGUUGGCACUGGCAACAUCGACAAAGCCGUCAUCAGCGACGUAUCCGGCAAGACCAUUUGGGCCGCAACUCCAGGCUUCACCAUCUCCGACGCCGAGCGCAAGGCCAUCGCCGACUCCUUCUCAGACAAGAGUGACCCGAAGCAGAUCAUUGUGAAUGGAUUCCACGUAAACGGCGAGAAAUACAUGACCAUCGAUUCGACCGAUGAGUCGCUGAAGGGGAAGAAGGGCAAAGAGGGCCUCAUCGCCAUGAAGACCACCCAAGCGCUCCUGAUCGCCCACCACCCCGCCGAAGUCCAAACAACCAACGCCUUCAGCUCUGUCGCCGAGCUGUCCGACUACCUCAUCAAAGUCGGUUACUGAGCUGAGCAUAUUCGAACUGGGCCGGGCGCGGCGCGGUCCUCGGCGUGAGGGACUACAAUUUUUUCCUCUUCUCUUCCCCUCGCCGUGAAGGGUGUUGAAUGUUGAUGCUGUACUUUAAGGAUAAUUGCAUACCCUCUCGCGGGGGCGGAGGAGCGGUCGGAUGGGUGAAUGGGUGGAUUAGUGGCAGGGAAAGGGAUGGGGUGGGGUUUUCUGGAAUGAUAGAAACGAAUCAGUACCGAUGUCGGUUAUGGGGGCACCCUUUUUCAAUACUGAAGAUAAACCAAUACAUGAUCUAUGGAAGUCAG